AUGGCAAAUGAGAAGGAAAAGGAUGAAAAAGAGGUAAUUGUUGCAGAAUUUAAAAUUUCAAUGCAUUGCAACGCAUGUGAAAGAACUGUUGCCAAAGCCAUUGCUAAAUUGAAAGGUGUGGAGAAAUUUACGACAGAUAUGAAUAAACACAAAGUCGUAAUAAUAGGUAAAAUCGAUCCACAAAAAGUGCUGAAAAAACUAAAAAAGAAGACAGGAAAGAAGGUAGAAAUUGUGGUUAAAGAGAAAAAAGAAGAGAUUUCAAAAGAUACAAGUAACGAGAAUUUUAAAUCGUUUGUAAAUUCAUUACCGUUGAGUAGGCGUAAUGAAGCAUUGAUGAUGAUGUUUAGUGACGAGAAUCCAAAUGCAUGUUCAAUCUUGUGA